AUGGGUCACACCCAAAUGUGGUCUGAAACCAAGUGCAACAGGGUUUCCAGACCAUUCACCUCAACCAUACUUCAUUUAAGAGGCAUUUAUUUAUUUUCUAACAUUGACGAAAGUAAAUCAAUUGAUGAUAUUGAGACAUUAUGGUACAGAAACAAAUCUGAUCCAGAUGAUCCAGAUCAAGAUUAUGAUCCUCAAGGUAACGAAUUUACAGAUCUUGACUCCUCUAAAGUUAAAUUUCAGUCUCUCUUGAGUCUUUCGCCUGAAAUGCAACUGGAAUUCAAGUCUUCUUUUAGAAAGAUAUGUUUAUUUUUUGACACUGUUUACUAUCAAGAGCCAUCACGCUUACAGCAUCUUACAAGCAUUAAGAUGGGAAAGAAUAUGCUGGUGAGGCACAUCCAGAAUAAUUUGAAAUAUCAAAACUCCAAGAAAAGGAACUUUGAUGAACUAGAAUGCAGUAGUGGUAGUGACACUGAAAGUGAAUGUGAUGAAGGAUCUGACAAAUCGGACAAAUUAAAAUUUGGCAACUUACUAUACGUGAAUAGUGCUAUUUCUGCUCUCUACAACAGAUGGAUUCUUCUGGGUUUUGGUUUAGAGUUUAUGGCAGAUAAUAUCAAUCAUCUGGUACCUAUUUUGUGGCAUGUCCUUGAUUACUUUGUUGAGAGAAAGAUGUUGUAUGCAGCUAGAUGGCUAUUCAAAGCAGCAUUGAAAAAUAUAGACUCGUUUGUAUUCUGGAAAUUAUUCAACCAUUUUAGAGACUUCUUACCUUCUGUUCAUUUUUGCAACGAAUCAAUACUCUACAAUAGUUGUGUCAAUAAGCUAAACUCUUUAAGUGACUUGUAUUACUUCAUGGAAAAUCGCUGUUGGACCGUAAUUGAAAGUAAACCAGUGUACAUGGAGAUCAUUUUUCAAACGGUCAAUGUGGUGCUGAGAGACUUGAAACGGAUAGGUUUCAGUCAAAAUAUAUUAUCUAACAUGCUAGAUGAUUUUUUCAAAAUGUACGGUACCGUUGAUGCACCAACUUUUUUGAACGGAGUUUAUGUUAUAUUGAUCAUUCAUAAGUACCAUAAAGUUGCAAAUUCAAACCAAUAUGAAGCCCUAAAAGCCAUAUCAAAGUCUCUGAAAUUGAAUUCAGCAAGGGAUGAAACACAUUAUGGGAAAAUCUACAUCCACAACAAAACUAUGUUUCGAUGGUUGAGUUUGAAUAUCCAAUUGUUUAACGAUAUUAUACCAAGCUUAGACUCACGCUCACUUUUGGAAAUCAAAAAGUACCUGGCAAUGAGACCCGAAGAGUAUGCUCAUAUGUUGACGGAAAUCAGAUUUAUUUUGGACACUAGAACAGCAAAACAAAUCAAAAAUGUAAAAUCAAAAAUCAAAUCGCCUGUGAGGCCAAACCCCAAUCAAACUCGAUUCCGGGAUAAUAUUUGUCUUUUAAGAAGUUCUGAGAUUUGA